UCCGUGUAUUUUGCAUAUUUAUGCGGAAAAUAAACAUAUUUUUGGAGUAUUUAUAUGUUUCGUUCUUAAAGGAACCAUGCGCAAUAAGGUUUAGGGCUAGUCAAUGAGGUCAGCCAUGUUGUGUUUAUUAUGCGCGCCCCUUGUCCGCUUCGUCGCUUUUCUUAUGUCCGCGCUUCUUCUUUGGAACGGCCGCGUAUACACGUACAAAGCUUUCCUAUAGACCCAGUCUUGGUCAAUCCUUAGAAAUGCUUUUGAGUACUCCACUAUAGCGCAACAUCUCGUUUUGCUUGACCCGCUUGCCAGGCUAUGAACAGGGGCCUGGCUCCAUCCGCCGCGUCUGGCGGCCUUCCGUCCAAGCCGUCGCCCUCGUGGACGGAGGAGUCCCGCGAGCGGUACAACCGGUCGGUGCAAUGCCUGGAGUCUCUGCGCCAGCGCAUGGGCUUCGAAUCGGCCACCGAGGGGCGCGGCAGCGAGCAGGACAAGCUGUUCGUCUGGGUGCAGGGCGUGCACCUCGCCUACCACGCCGUCAUGAAGCGGUUCAGCGAGCUCGCCGAACGCGAGGUGGACGCCGUGCUCUACAUGCACAAUGCCCGGCGCACCUUCUUCUCGCGCUCGUGCCUGCUGUGGUGCAGCUCGGACAGCGCGGGCGGCCCGCUGUCGGCGCGCGAGCGCUGCAUGGUGCCCCUGCACAACAUGCGCGACUUCGCCGACACGUUCGGCUGCACCGGCCGCCAGGACUUCGUCCAGGGAGAGUGCGAGGCCUAA